AUGAAGAGGAAGAUGAGGGUUUGGAGGCGGAAAUUUACGUUACCUGAUCCGAGCUACUCUCCAGAGUUUCUGGAGAAAUUAGAAACAAUUGACCUAGCCGCUGCCUCCGCCGUCGGCCAAGAGAACAGAGAACGCCCCUCACCGCCGUUAGGCCCUGGAAAGCAGGGGAUGACCAAUGAACAUAGUAGUGCUUUGAAUAUGAGAAUUAUAGGAAAUCGUUAUAUAUGGUUCGAAUCUUCGUGUAGAAAGGGUAACGAAGAAAAGGAAUGGGCUUGUGUCGUUGAAGCUCUUGAGCAAACUCUGUUCGCUCUAUCGUCUCCGGUAGCCGUAACUCCCUCGCCGUUUGCGAUGAUGGCACGGUGUUCACAUGGGGUUGGAAUCAAAGAGGUACAUUAG